GCUCAACUCUCCUCUCUCGAGUCUCCACAGCAGAGUGGGUGCGCAGCCAGUCAAAGCCUCCCCGGAAACCCAAAGCUAAAACCCUAGAGCUCGCGGAGGGUUUUAUCGAGAUGGCGACGGCGGAGCAGAAGGGGAAGAGGCCGAGGAUCGAGGCGGAGGAGGGCGACCGCAUCGACGGCGCCCUACUGCACUCCAUCGGGAAGCUCCAGGAGAUCCAGGACGAGAUCAAGAGGGUUAAUGAGGAAGCCAGUGAUAAAGUUUUGGAGGUGGUACAGAAGUACAAUGAAGUUCGCAGGCCAGUUUAUACUCGACGGAAUGAAAUUAUCAAGGAAAUUCCGGACUUCUGGUUGACUGUGUUUCUUAGCCAUCCUAUGCUUGGUGAACUUCUGACUGAAGAUGAUCAGAAGAUAUUCAAACACUUGGUGUCUAUUGAUGUGGAUGAGUUUCAAGAUAUUAAAUCAGGCUACUCCAUUGCUCUUACAUUCUCUUCUAAUCCAUAUUUUGAAGAUAAGAAGCUUACGAAAACAUGUUCGUUCAGUGAUGAUGGAAAAAUAACUGUAAAGGCCACCUCCAUCAAUUGGAAGGAUGGAAUGGAUAUUGCUAACGGAAUGGCGUACACGGAGAAUGGGGAGAAACGACUAUUGAUUGAUGACAGUUUCUUCACUUGGUUCAAUGAUGCAAAUAACAAAAGAUUUUCUGAUGGAGUGCUGGAUGAGGUGGCAGAUGUUAUCAAGGAAGAAUUGUGGCCUAAUCCUUUGAAGUAUUUUAACAAUGAGGCGGAAGAUGAAUUUGAAGAUGACGAGGAUGAAGAGGGAUUUGACGAAGAAGACGAUGAUGAAGAUGAAGAAGAGGAGGAAGACGAUGUGGAGUGAAGCCCUCUUUCAUGCUGAAUUUCAACUGGCUUUGACAACUCCCGUGCGUGUAGAGUGGAGAUCACUGGUCUCCUGGGGACUGAAAAGCAAGGUGGGUGUUUUGUUUGCCGGGGUUAGCUGGAUUGUAGGAUCCCUCAAAGAAGGGAAGCUUGAUCUGUAGGAACUUGUUUUGAUCUGCUUUAUCGUGAAUCAGCUCAUACAUUUGGAGUCCUGCAGAUUCCAAUGUGUGCAUUUAAGUAUAUUUUUAUUGUAGGGAUGCAGUAGCUCCUGAUAUGCAAGGUGGCUGUGUUUCCUAAGAUACAGUAGCUUUAACGACAGUUGGUGGGCAAUAUGUAACUUAUAUGGUACCUAAUUGAUGCCGUAUUUCAAUUA